GCCUCACGGCGGCUGGAAGCCUGUGGGCUUGUAGGGUCCCGCUGCGGGACGAAAUGGGGGCUGCGUUUGGGUAGAGGCUUGAAAAACAAAAGUCUUCAGACCUCCAUCUUCCCACAAAAAUAACCCGACUGCAAGCCCUGCGGGGAGCAGGGGGGUGUUCCCCCUCGGCCCCACCCCGCCAUGACAUGGCCGCCGGGGGCGGGGCGGCGGCGGGGAAGCUGGCAGGGAGCGGUGUUCCGCUACCCGCCGUGGCCUGGGGGUCCCUCAGCGAUGGUGCUCUUGUGCUCCCUGCUGUGGCUGGCUAGCGCCACUGCCCAGGUGCCUGCUGGCACCUGGCGUGGGGAGGAGGGUGACGGUGGGCCAGGACACCCUCUGUGGGAUGGAGGCGGCCGGGAGAGGGAAGCUGUGGCGACGGCGGCCCUGCGGGAAAGCGCUAAAAGAGUUAGAUUUCUGAAUUCAUCGUCAAAUGAUAACUCAUCUGCUUUCUAUGGAAUAAACCAGUUUUCUCAUCUGUUUCCUGAAGAGUUCAAAGCUAUUUACUUAAGAAGCAUACCUCACAAACUUCCCAGAUACAUAAAAGUGCCAAAGGGAAAGGAAAAACCUUUGCCAAAGAAGUUUGACUGGAGGGACAAGAAGGUCAUUGCAGAAGUGAGAAAUCAGCAAACAUGUGGAGGCUGCUGGGCCUUCAGUGUUGUGGGUGGUAUAGAGUCUGCCUAUGCAAUUAAAGGAAAUAACCUGGAAGAACUCAGUGUACAGCAGGUUAUUGAUUGUUCAUACAAUAACUACGGUUGCAGUGGGGGAUCCACUAUAAGUGCUCUGAGCUGGCUGAAUCAGACAAAAGUAAAACUUGUGAGAGAUUCAGAAUACACUUUUAAAGCUCAGACAGGACUGUGCCAUUAUUUUGGUCACUCAGAUUUUGGAGUUUCAAUAACAGGAUUUGCUGCAUAUGACUUCAGUGGCCAAGAAGAGGAAAUGAUGAGGAUGCUUGUUAACUGGGGUCCUUUGGCAGUAACAGUAGAUGCAGUUAGCUGGCAGGAUUAUCUUGGUGGGAUCAUACAGUAUCACUGCUCCAGUGGACGAGCAAAUCAUGCUGUACUUAUCACGGGUUUUGACAGAACAGGUAGCAUCCCUUACUGGAUUGUACAGAACUCCUGGGGACGUACAUGGGGAAUAGACGGUUAUGUUCGUGUUAAGAUAGGCAGCAAUGUCUGUGGUAUAGCAGAUACAGUUUCAUCAGUAUUUGUUUGACACUGGCCAAAGACCAUGAUUGUUAUUUGCAUAAUUAUUUGACAUACACUGUAUGUGAAGAUUUUACUCCAAAGCAACCUUUUCUGAAGUAAGAAACAACUGUAUGAGGAGGCCCUGAUCUUAGGCUUUACAAGAAUGGGUUUGGCUGGAGUUUUUAAAAGUGUUUUUAUUUGGAAUGUGUAUCGUGUAUCAAAUCUCUCAUGGAAUAAGAAGACUUAAAAUCAAUCACAGAGUGUGCAGAAAGAGGUUAAAAAGAUGGAUUGGAACUGUGAAUGUGAAACCCUAUCAAGGUGCUGAAUACUAAAGAAUACACUCCAUAAAAAUCUUGCUAGGAAAAAAUUGAUGACAAAUAAGGAACUUGAAUCCAAUAAUCAACAGUGUGAUGGAGUAUAAUCCAUGAACAUAGAACAUGAGAUGAACUAUGAUUAUGUCUGGUUUUAUAGGGUGGGGUAAGGGGAGGUUGGAAGAAAACAUUGUCUGUGUUAUACUUUUAUACCCAUCUUGUCUUUUGUAGCACCUCGGACAUUUUGUCUUCCUCCUUUUUGUGAAAUUCUACAUUUUCUCUAAAGCUAGAAGAAUAGAGGAGGGGAAUGGGUAGUCAGAGUUGUCUCCUUAGCACCCAGGGUCAGUGUAGUGCUGCAGUCCUUCCAUUUCAGUCUGACACCUUUCUUGUAUAGAUAUAAAUUCAGAGCUCUUUAGAGUAGGGAGUGUUUUAGAAAGUGCCUGGCAUGUCACAGUCUUCUGAAUUAAUUUGUUAGAUGGAUAGAAAAGCAAGCAGAAACUAUAUUUAGACAAACGCAAGACACUUCUAGUGGCUUAACAUCCCAUGCCUUGACAGGACAUAAGUUGUUUGCAAAUCAACUAAUUCUGUCUUUUGAUAGCUGUGUCAGUUCCACAACUCUCUUCUCUACUUCAUGACUAACAGUGGAACCAGUGGCAAAGCAUAAAUGCAAAAAAAUUGUCUAUUAUAGAAAAAAUGAUGGCAGUAGAGUGCUGUUGAUAUAUUUGCCACCUUUAGAAAUCAGCAAUUACAGAGUACUCCAAGUAGGGUAGAUGCUGAAUUUCCCUACAAAAUUAUUGAACUUUAUUGAACUCACAGGAGACUUGCUGGGAACCAAAGAGUGGUUCUAGAUUUGCUGACCUGUAUAACUGCAGUUGGAGACAAAUGUAACUAGAAUUGACAACUAAACAUGCACUUUCAAAGUGUUCUGUCAUCUGGAACUCUUUACUUGUAUCACUGAUGAAGUGCUACUAGGAAAAGUAUUGAAGCAAUUCUGUAAUUUUUGCACUCAUAGUACCAUGUUAAUAGGUCUCUGUAGUAUAAUCCUUUUGUAACAGAUGCCAUGAAUGUUCAUAAUUGUCUGUGUAAAUAUUGUCGUUUUAGUCCUUCUACUUUGAAGGACUUCUAAUAUUUUCAGUGGAAAAAAAAAAAAAGACCAAGUACUAUGUUUCACUACUUCAGAUUCUGCUACUUACCAAGUUUUACUGGCUGAAAACUUCAUAUUAACCAAAAGGAGAAGUCUUCUGUAGUAUUGCCUUAGCAGAUUACAAACAACAAAUAGCACAUUUCCCUAACCAGAAAAAAAACAGCUAAAGUUCUAAAUUGACAUUAAUAAGAGUAAUGUUGUUAUAGUAGUAUCAAACAAAGUUUCAUCUGUGCUUUUGAAGCCGUACAGCCAAGCCUAAGUACCUAAAAAGCAUUAUUAGACCGAACAACUCAACAGAAAUUAAGGCCUGCGGUGUAUGCGUAUUUCCAGGGAAAGCAUUUAUGCAGAUGAGAGUCCACUAAUGAGAUGACGACCCAGCUCUAUCAAUACCUUAUGGCCAAAGUCACUUCACUUUUAUGAUAUAACAAUUUUAUCUUUAUUUUAAUGAUAUUUUGAAUAAAAAUAAUAAAAAAACCACUUUAAAUUUCUGCC